AUGACUAAGAGACCAAAGAAAUCAGACUCAAAUAGGAGAGGAAAAAGAAGAAAGUCAUCCGGUGGUUUUUCACCGUUGGAUGCACCUUCUUCCAAUGUUGUGUUCCGAUUGCUAUGUCCUGCUAGUAGAAUUGGUGGUGUUAUUGGUAAAGGCGGUUCGAUCAUAUCACAAAUUCGACAAGAAACUGGGGUGAAGCUUAAAAUUGAAGAGCCUGUGCCGGGCUGCGAAGAGAGAGUUAUAACUUUUUUGAAUUCUGAUAAGGAGACCGAAGAAGGUAGCGCCGAGCAAGGAAAGGAGGUUAAUAAUAAUAAUAAUAAUAAUGAUAAUAAUAAUGAUGGUGAUGAUGAGACUGAAAAAAAGGGGAAGGAUGAUGACGGGAAAGGUAACGGGGAUGAUAAUGAAGAUAAAGAUUCUGCUUCUGUCGAAGAUUCGCAGAGCGACAAGGGUAGUUCGAAUUUGACUAUUCUGAAGGCUGUGACACUAGUUUAUGAGAAGAUGGUUGAAGGAAUAGAGGAUAUGGGUGAAGGUGGUGAUGAAAGUAAAAAAGCUUCGUACUUUGCUUUAAGGCUGCUUGUGCUUUCUAAUCAAGUUGGAUGCAUUUUGGGAAAGGGUGGAAGUGUGAUAAAGAGGAUGUCAGCGGAUAGCGGGGCACAUAUUCGGAUCCUUCCCAAAGAAGAAAUUCCGUCGUGUGCGAUGGAUUCUGAUGAGCUAGUUCAGAUCACAGGAGGAGUAGAGGUUGUCAAGAAAGCUCUUCAAUCUGUUUUUCAGCAGCUUUUGGAUAAUCCAUCUCGUGAUCAUGAAUCUCUCUCCACCAACCAUACUGGGCCGUCAUCUCAUUCUCAUUCCUUUGGUCAAUUCCCACAAAAUAAACGAACUUUUGCUGGUCAAGGAGCACCUUUUGCUACCGGGCCUAAUGAAAUCCCUGUUUUCCAUUCUGCUCCAAUGAUUCCCAAGUUUCAUGAAGGCCCCGUUCGUGGUCGCAUGAGGCUUCCACCGGAAAUACUUACUUUCCGUUUAUUGUGUCCGUCCGAAAAUGUAGGGACCUUAAUUGGCAAAGGUGGAUCAAUAAUUAAGACUAUGCAACAAGAAACAGCUAGUGAAAUCAAGGUUAUAGAAGGCAAUCCGGGUUCAGAGGAUUGCAUUGUCGUCAUAUCUGGUCCAGCGCACCCAGAUGAUAGAAUAUCUCCUGUGCAAGAGGCUAUAUUUCGUGUGCAAAAUAGAAUAUCCAGGGCUAUUCCUGAUACCAAAGCGCAAAGUAUGUUAGCAAGGAUUAUUGUUUCUUCAAAUCAUAUAGGCUGUCUCCUUGGGAAGGGUGGGUCCAUUAUUGCUGAAAUGAGGAAUUUAUCAGGUGCCCAUAUUCGUAUGUUGGGAAAGGAUAAGGGUCCGAAGUGUGUUUCAGAAGAUGAUGAAGUAAUCCAGGUAAGUGGAGAAAUCGAGGCAGUGCAUGAUGCUCUUUUGCAAAUAACAACAAGAUUAAGAAAUCAUUACUUUCGAGAUGCAUUUCCAUCUGCUGAUUUUCCUUCAAAUUCUGGAUUUCUGGAUCAACAUUCUUCGUUCCCACCUUAUUUGGGAAGGCGGGGACUUUCACCUCCCAGAAUGUAUUCUGACCUAGGCCCACCACCUCCACAUGCUGGUUUUCCCCUCGAUGAUCACCCUCAUUUUACCAAUAAUAUGUAUAGACCAGGCCUUCCUCCUCACAUAUCGGAAAGGAAGCCUUGGGGUCCUAAGGGGCUACUUGAAGGUGGUGGACACAUGGGCUUGCCAGAAUUUGCAGGAGGUCCUCGAAGAAUUUCUGGAUUUGCAGGAGGAAGCCUACCAAUUAUCACUAGUACCACUGUUGAAGUUGUUGUUCCCCGAGGUCUGGUGCCUGUAAUAUACGGGGAAGAUGGUGAAUGCCUGAGACAAAUACUCCAGAUAUCUGAUGCAAAUGUUACUAUUACUGAUCCAAAACCUGGAGCCGCCGAGACUAAAAUUAUAAUAUCUGGAACCCCGGAGCAAACUAAUGCUGCACAAAGUCUUAUUCAGGCAUUUGUCAUGAUUGAGGGGGAGUCUGGUUGA